CUGAGAGAGAGAGACUCAGGAGAAUAUCACCUCAUGAUCAUUACAGAACAAGGAGAGGAACAUCUCAGCUCAGCUGCAGUUAAUCUAACAGUUACAGAUCUGUGGGUGAAGAUGGCCACUGACCACAAACAGCAGACAGUGACUCUCACCUGUAGCACUUCCUGCAGUCUGACCUCUAAACCUAAAAAUUACUACUGGUAUAAGAAUGGAGUAAAAACACAGAAGAAAACUUCAAAGAAUUUUCAGCCUCUUGUUUUAUCUAGCAAAGCCUCUUGUUUAGAUGCUGGCAGUUACUCCUGCUCUGUUAGCCACACUGAUGAAAUCCAGUCUUCUGAAUUGCGUGUUUUUGAGAGCUGUUGGAAUGUGACAUACACAGAGAGAAGACUCUGUGUUUUAGAGGGUUCAUCAGUGAACCUUCCCUGCACUUUCUCAUAUCCCAGUAAUCAGACUAUUACUGAUGUGUUCUGGUAUUACAAUUGGCUGGAGGAAAAGCCAAAGGAGCUGAGUAAGGAAAAGCAGUUUGCUGGUCGCGUGGAGUAUAUUGGAGAUAAAGAAAGAAACUGCACUCUGAGAAUGAGAGAUGUGAGAAGGAGAGACUCUGGAGAAUAUUACAUUCAGUUCAGCACAGACACUCAAGAAGGGAAGUUCUCUGGUAAACCUGGAGCCUUUUUGAAUGUUACAGCUUUGCAGGUGAGAGUGAGUUCCAGCACAGAAUCAGAUAGACAGACAGUAAUACUGAUGUGUAGCAGCACCUGCACUCUGCCUAACAACCCCACGUACAUCUGGUACAAGAACAGACAGCCUGUAACUAACAAAAUCAUCAGAGACAACAAGCUGUACCUGAAGUGCAGUGAAGAUGCAGGCAACUACUCUUGUGCUGUGAGAGGACACGAGGAGCUCCGCUCUCCUGAGCAAACAUUCAGUGAAGACUCAUGCAGUUUCAAAGGUCUUGAAGGUCAAGAAAAGAGCUUAGUAUUACCACUGCUCACAGUGGGAGUGGUGGUCUUUCUGGCUCUAAUACUCAUCACAGCAGCUCUGUCUAUGUGGAGAAGAAAAUCCAGUUCAGCUAAAGCCCAGAAGAGCUCUAGGGAGAGUGGUCAGAGUGAUUCUGAUCCUGUGUAUAAUAACAUCUCAUCCCUGCCCUUGACCUCUGACCAAACAUGUACAGCCUCAGAUAAUCAGGAUGAUGUUCUGUACUACAACUUACAUUUUAAGUACAUGCACACCCAAGCAAAGCCUGUGUACUAUGCUAAAUUUGCAAAUUGCCCAGAGAGUGUUCACUAUGCUGUUGUGGACUUCCAUAGACCUGCUGCCACCCAGUCUCUGGCAGCUGAAGGAGCUGAUGAUCCAUCUCAGAUUUACAGCCAGGUGCAAAAACGCAAACCCCUAAAAUGA